CUCUCGUGCUCUGCCUCGCCCACUGGAAAACAACAUCCUUUCCCCUCCUCCCCUUUCCCCUCCUUCCCCCCUCGCUCGCCGAAUACCUUUGAGGACAGCAGGCUCUGCAGGUCACUUCGUGCAGCUCAUCUUUCCCUCUCUCGCUCCGCCCACCACUCUUCCUUCCCACUCACCCCACCUCUCCCCAACGAGUCCAUCCAUUGAGUAUAAGUCACAAUCCCUUCUACCAUGUCGGCCAGCAACAUCAUCGGCGACCGCAACAGCACUCCCGCCGCCACCAGCUCCACCCUUCGUCCUCCCUCCUCCCGACCCAUCGCCGGUCAUGGCCACCAGCUUCGUGCGUCAGCUGACAUGGGCGCCUUUUCCGCAUCGUCCCUCGCCAACCGCGGCAUUCGACCCGCAUCCGAAGUCUACAUGAGCCAGUUCCACAAGAGUGCCAACAUGAGUAAUCCCGACGACGCGGCGGAGCAGGUGGCGCAGCAGUGGAUCGCCGACAUUGACCAAUACGAGACCACAUUGGAAGACAUGGCCGCCGCAACCCUCGACCAAGACUUCAAGGACGAGCUCAGCGCCAUUGAGCAGUGGUUUCGUGUGCUCAGUGAGCCCGAAAGGACUGCGGCGCUCUACGCACUUCUCCAGCAAACCACCCAGGUGCAGAUUCGCUUCUUCAUCCAGGUCUUGCAGCAGAUGGCCAAGAGCCACCCCAUGUCCGGCGUGCUCUCCCCCGCCGCCUUCACCGAGAAAGACCCCAUGUCUUCACGAAUGAAUGAUGCCAUGAACAAGCUGAACGUCGAUUCCUCACGUGCCUCGUUCGGUUUCGGGGCCAAGCCUCCCCCAUCUCCUGGCGGCGCCAAGCGCAAUUCCGCCCUCGACCCUAAUACGAUCAAAUCCAUGUUCCCCGACGCGGCGAAUGCCAUCCAAGACCAAAAGGCCGAGUUUGAGAAGACCACCGGCGUCGCGCCAAAGUCUAACAGAAACAGCGCGGCGCCCGGCGAUCGCUCUUCGACCUUUGCCCCUUCCAUCUCCACCCCCCAAGACGAGAUUCUGCAUCGCAAGACCGGGUCGGGAAUUCCCUCGGGCCCAUGGCGGACCACAGGCACGUCGAGGGAUCUGGAGAAUCAUCCACCCAUUGCCCGGCCCAAGUCUUCUUCCGGACAACCGCCGCAGCAUCAGCAGAUGGGCCAAUUUGGUGUCAGCCCACCCCAGCCUUCCGCUGGGUUGCGAAGCGCCCGUCCCUUCCCACUCGCCGGAGACGGCAACAUCCAGAACCAGACUGCGACAUCUGCCGAACCAAAUCACGGUCUACCAAUGCUUUCGCCCUAUAUGCCGGGCGCGAGCUGGGCCUCCAUGACCAACACUCCCAUGGUCGCCAACUUUAAUACACCACAGCAGGGCAAUCAAGCGGAGCUCGUGGCCAACGCCACGGCCAUGAAGCUCGCCGCCCUCUCCACCGUCAAUAAUCGCAUUCAACUCGACGAUGCACGAAAAUUCCGUCGAGCUCGCUCCUCCGAAGGCCAACAAGCCAUGCCGCCCCCCAUGCCAACAAACCUCAUCAUGACCAACGACCUCGGCCAAAUCCUCACCCCACAGCAAGCCGCCGCCUUACAGCAACAGCAAAUCGCCGCCCUCACCGGCCAACGCUCGCGCCCCAGCUCGCCAGGCAUCGCAAUCACCGGCCCACCAAGCGGCAACCCCACGCUCAACAUGUCCGCCCCGCAGAACAACGGCUUCCUCACCACCUACGACCACCUGCCCGGUCUAACCAACAACCUGCACAACCUCAACCUCGCCUCCUUCCCCACCGGCGGCCUCGCCACCGCCUCCUCCGCUUUCCACCACCACCAUCACGAAUCCGGCUACCUCUCCGACGCUGCGUCCGAAAUCCAGCGCGGCCGCUCCCCGCGUGGCCGUAGAGGCAGCUCCAAGCCUCCUGAAGACCCCACGGACCCCGCGUUGCUCAGUGAUGUCCCGUCUUGGCUGCGUACGCUGCGCCUGCACAAGUACACGGACAAUUUGAAGGAUUUGAGCUGGCGUGAGCUGGUUGCGAUGGAUGAGAGUGGGUUGGAGCAGAGGGGCGUUGCGGCGAAGGGGGCGAGGACGAAGUUGUUGAAGGUUUUCGAGCAAGUUCGCGAGGCGCAGGCGGAGGGCCGAGUGGCGUGAGGAUAUCGGAGACUGGUGUUGGUUGUUUCGUGAUGCGGGGGCUUGGUUUGACUUCCCCAUUUCAACGUCAGAGUGCAAAGCAUGCGGCAAAGAGUGAGCAAGCGAGUCAGCGUUCUGCCACAAAUCAUGGGUAAUCUG